AUGUUAAUAUAUUUAGCCGCACUGUAUUUGCACCCAUCCGUGCUCAUCCCGUCAGGGAAGGGCAAGUACCCGUUGCUGAAGUACAAUAAUCACACGUUCACGUACAAAGUACUUUCGGGCACCGGCGUGUUGUGGCACUGCUCGAAGAGGACGAGGACCGGUUGCAAAGCCUUCAUAAAAUCCUUACCGGAAAGUUGGGACAUCAUCAAGACGGUAUACGACGAACACUCUCAUCUGCCGAGAUCGUGCUUGACUACUAACACAGGUGAUGGAGUACUGAUACCGUCUGGGAAAGGGAAGCAUCCACUGUUGAUGUACAAGAAUCAGACGUACACCUACAAAGUGAUGUCCAGUUCUGGCGUGCUGUGGCACUGCUCGCGUCGAAUGAGGACCGGUUGUAAAGCCUUCAUCAGAUCCUUGCCCGAUCGUAUCGACGUCAUUAAAACAGUCUACGACACCCACUGUCAUACGCCCAAGCUCGUUUACAAAUAUGAUCCAAAUAUGAUU